AUGAAUGAGCAAGAUCACUUGUUGAAAAAAGCCAGAAAGAGUGGGAAAGAAUGUGACUGGUGUAAUUAUCGCAAAGCACGAAAUAGUGUCACAAAAUGUAUUCGCCAGCAUAAAGCAAAUUAUAAUCGCUCAGUCUUUCGUGAGAACGUUAACAGACCAAAACAGUUCUGGGAUCAAAUAAAGAAAUGCUACCCAACACGAAAUAAGGGGGAAACCCCAAACAAGCUGUUGUUUGACGUUGAAGGAAAACACAUAUCCGAUAGCUAUCUGAUCGCUAAUGCUUUUUGCAGCUUUUUUACUGGAAUUG